CAAAAACAUGGUGUGCUAAAUCCACCCUGGCUCCUCUAAAAUAUCCCGUAAUUCCCUGUGGAAAAGGUUUAAACAUAGCCACAAACCAUGUUUCCCUCCAUUUGUUAGAUUUGCAGAAGCAAAUCAUGCGGCAGGUUUACAGGAACAACAGUAGAUAGUUUAUUUCUCAAAACCCUUCGGUCUAGGGCUUUAGGUUUCAAUUUUAAUCUUUCAUCGGCAUUACUUGUGCUCCAACCAUGGCGGGCACAGGAUUUGGAUUCGGCACAGGAGCAGGAAGUUCUUCAACGCCUUCCUUGUUUGGAGCAUUUUCAUCUUCGUCUUCGUCUUCGGCUUCAACAUCGUUUCCUGCUUCCGGCUUUGGCAGCGCCUCGGCCUUUAAACCAGCGGCGUCUUCGCCCUCCUUUGGGUUUGGUACUACGGCAGCCUCUUCGGCUGCGGCACCAACAUCUCCGUUUGGCGCAACUGCAGCAUCAACCCCUUUAUUCGGCGCCACUGCGGCAUCAACACCCCUCUUCGGCGCCACAGCGGCUGCGGCAUCAACACCCCUGUUUGGCGCUACAGCGGCAUCAACACCUCUCUUCGGCGCCACUGCGGCUGCGACACCAACACCUCCUUUCGGCGCGACUAUGGCUUCAACGCCUACAUCUCUCUUCGGCGCCACUGCGUCUUCAGCGCCUACAUCUCUCUUCGGUGCCACUGCCUCUGCACCCUCGGCUCUCUUUGGUGCUGGAACUGCUUCUUCAGCUGCGGCCUCUACAUCUCUUUUUGGCACAGGAGCCUUUACUUCGGCCGCUGCUGCGCCUACGUCUCAUUUUGGUGGUGUAUCAGCCUCCUCUUCGGCUGCUGCACCUGCAUCACUUUUCGGUGCUACUUCUGCCGCGGCGCCUACAUCUCUCUUUGGCGGUGCAACGACUACUAAUGUUUCAGCACCUACAUCUAUCUUCGGUGCUGCAGGCUCUUCUUCAGCAGCUGCGCCUACUAAUCUAUUUGGGGCUUCUUCAGCUGCAGCAUCAUCUAACCUCUUCGGAGCGUCAGCAACAUCGUCUCUUUUCGGUGCCCCAGCAGCAUCCUCUUCUGCUGCUGCACCAUCAUCACUCUUCGGUGUGACUAGCUCAUCAUCGUCGGGGUUUUCUUUCUCCGGGGCAGCUGCAGGGAAAGAAAAUCCUGCUGUGAAGGCUACACCAAGUACCAAUUUGUUCGGCACCCCUUCACCAUUCUCUUUUGCAACUCCGGCAUCUUCUUCAGCUUCAACGCCUCCUGCAACGUUGGGAGGCUCCUCAGCAUUAUCUUUUUCAACCCCAGCACAAUCUUCUGCACCGGCUAUGUCUUUCAGCACCCCGGCCACGGCAUUUUCUACACCGGCCAUGUCUUUCAGCACUCCGGCAGGGAAUCCUAGUCCGGCCUUUGCUACUCCUGGCACUUCACUUUCUUUUGGAACCCCAGCGACUCAGUCUUCCUAUGCAUCUCAAUCGUCAUUUGGGUUUGGCAGUGUUGCUUCGUCUUCUUCAACCACCACUGCAACUACAACUGCAAUUUCUUUAUUUGGUGAAUCGAGUACAUCAGCACAGACCACUGCUUCUGCUACUGCAGCCGUUCCAUCAUUUGGGAAGUCAUCUUCGUCAGGGCCAGCUUCCACUACCAAUUCCGCUGCAUUUCCUGGUUUUGCCUUAUCGUCUUCAGAGGCAUCUAAAACAACAGCUGCACCUUCGAUAUUUGGUUCUACAUCUUCUUCGGCAUUAACUUCAUCAGCAUCAAGUGCAGCACCAGUCAGUUUUACCAUAUCUACUUCAUCCAGUUCAGCUCAAGCAUCAUCUGCUAAUGCUGCUGGGACAACUAGCGGAAGUACAACGACAACAAUAACUCCAACAGUUCGGACGCCUCAAAUGCCAUCUGAAAUAACAGGGAAAACUAUAGAGGAGAUUAUCAAAGAUUGGAACUCUGAAUUACAAGAGCAAACUACAAAAUUUAGAAAGCAAGCUGAGGCAAUUGCAGAAUGGGACCGAAGAAUCUUACGAAAUAGAAAUAUUCUUAUAAAGCUUGAGAGUGAGGCUGCAAAAGUGGUAGAGUCUCAGCAUAGCUUAGAAAGACAAUUGGAGCUGAUCGAGACACAUCAGCAAGAGGUGGAAAAGGCCUUGCAGAGCAUGGAGGGACAGGCUGAGAGGAUAUACAAGGAAGAACGGCCUAGAAUAAUUGAAGAUCAAGCAGCAUCAGUAAGAGAUAACAUGUAUGAACAGGCUGAAUACAUUGAAAGAGAGUUAGAACAGAUGGGGGAUCAUAUUAAAGGCAUAAUUCAGACUGUAAAUGCAAAUCAGGGUGGAGAUAUGGACACAACUGACGGAGUUAGUCCACUAGACAUUGUUGUACGGAUUUUGAACAAUCAGUUGAAUGCCCUUGUUUGGAUUGAUGAGAAGGCUGGCGAGUUGUCAACACGCAUCAAUAAACUUUCAGAUCAUGGAGCUGCAUUGGAUCGAACUCUUCCACGGUCAAGAUAUUGGAUUGGUUGAUAGUGAAGAUAAAUUGAUUUCGGACGCACAUUGAAGCAAAUCUGGCAACUCUUUGCCCAUUACAAAUUUUGGCACUUAAAUAAUGUUUUCAUAUUGCAUGUUUCAUCAAAAUAAAUAUUGUUAUCAGCAUGUAUGACCUAGCUUUUGGAUCAUGGAGUCAAGUCGUGAUUUCCAAUGUUGAGAUUGGAGUGCUUGACUUUGAAUCGUAAGGAAACAUGCAAUGGCGGAGUCUUCACAACCUGUAACUUUGAGCCAGUUGAUUUCUUGUACAGUUCAAAAGUAUAGAUGAUCAUGGUAGGCUAUACUUGGAAAUGGUUUGAAACAUUUUUAUUUCAGUGCUGUUCAUAACUGUCAUUUCACCACUUAUUCUGAAACCUAUUGUACAGUGAGGAAAUUUAUUCCGUUGUGUUUGAAUAGUA